UAUAGUUCGUCAUCGUCGUAUUUUUUGCAGUCGAAAAAUGUGAGCUCAUAUUUAUUGCAAAUAUUUUCAUUAUAUUGGCACAAUAAAUAUAUCUUAAAUUGUCAGAAAGUGGACAAAAUAUUUAGCGGAAUCAACUUAUUUUUGUACUGUUGCCGUAUGGUCGGUCAUGGCCAGUGAAAACAUAAUGGACGAAUUAGCAUCAUUAAUACGUACGGAAAUUCCGGAUGGCAGACAAAGCUUGCGUGAUAGUUACACAAAUUUGGAACGUGUUGCAGAUUACUGUGAGGACACGUAUUAUCGUGAGGAGAAUAAAAAAGCAGCACUAGAGGCUACCAAAAACUAUACAACGCAGUCAUUGGCCAGUGUGGCAUAUCAGAUAAAUACCCUCGCUUAUAGUUAUAUGCAACUUUUAGAGUUGCAAGCACAACAAUUAUGCGAAAUGGAAUCACAAAUGAAUCAUAUUGCUCAAACUGUGCAAAUACACAAAGAAAAAGUGGCACGACGUGAAAUUGGUGUUCUUACCGCUAACAAAGUAAGCUCACGUCAAUUCAAAAUAGUCGCGCCCAUUAAUCCAGAAAAACCAAUCAAAUAUGUACGCAAGCCAAUUGACUACUCGAUAUUAGAUGAAAUAGGUCACGGUGUUAAUUCUACGCAAACACGCCAACAAAAACAUCGUGGAUCCAGUCACGGGUCUAUACAAUCAUUGGCAACAUCUUCGCUGGCACCUUCCGUAGGUCCGCCACCAACUACAAAACCACCAACACCACCGCAAAUGACACGCGGAAAUACUGGUACACUGGGUAAAUCGUCAAUGAGUAAUACCGGUACGCUUGGCAAAAGUUCGCGUGAAUAUCGGACGCCACCGGUUGUUAAUCCACCCCAAGUGCCUUCGCACUAUGCACCCAACUAUCCGAUUGGUCAUCCAAAACGUAUGUCAUCAGCUUCCUCAAGCACCACGGUCACUGGUAUCAGCAGCAUGGGUAUUGGUGGUCCGGGCAGUACAAGCGGUGCGCCAAGUGUAGUUAGUGAACGUGAACGUGGUGGUGGUUAUAGUGCACUGCCUAUGCCGCCUAGUCAGCAAAUAGCAACACAUGUCAAUUUACCAUCAGCGGGUAUGAUGCAAUCUUUGCCACCACCACCGCCAACAACAUACGACGAUCGAAGCAGCAUGCCGCCGCCACCAUCGCCACUCACUGUUUCACAACAUGAAAUUAGCGAGCAAAGUCACAUUGGCAUGCACACACUGGGCAGAAAUCACAACAGGUAUGUUAUGCUAAAUAAUUUCAGUGUGAACUUUGCAAGACCUGGCUCACAGUCGCCACCACUACCACCUCCACCACCACCGGAGGAGGAACAUCAGGACUUUGGACGGCCAAGGACAUCAGCAGGGCAAGGUCAAUUGGCGCCUAUCGUGCCCGAGGAUCAGAAUUUACCCGGUUGGGUGCCAAAGAACUACAUCGAAAAGGUUGUCGCAAUUUACGAUUAUUAUGCCGAUAAAGAUGACGAAUUGAGUUUUCAAGAAAGCUCCGUAUUGUAUGUGCUAAAGAAAAACGAUGAUGGUUGGUGGGAAGGCGUUAUGGACGGUGUGACCGGCCUCUUUCCGGGCAAUUACGUGGAACCAUGUGUGUAAACGUGUGUGAGCAUGUAGCGUGUCAAUGACACUUAGUGUUUUUUAAGUGGAUCUAAAGUCAAAUACAUAGCUGAAAUCACACUCGUGCACAUAUGUCUGUACGUAUGUACACUGCCUAAUUCGUCAUUCGACUACGCCGCCAAUUGGUAUUGCAAGUAUUUACAUAGCAUUAUCACAAUUACCAGCAAGUUAUAUUAAAAGGUAUAUUAUCAGGCAAAGCUGAGUGUAAAACAAUUCCAAUAUCUAACAUGAAUAGCAUUAAAAAGUCUGCAUUUAAGUGCGCAGUUAUUCCACGUAGUUUAAAAUUAAAAGCAAAAAAUUAAAAAAAAAAGAUAAUAAUAAUAACAAUUAAGCAUAAUAUUGGUGAAUGUAAUGUGAAUAAUGUAUGUCCUUUCGACACGAAAUUCUGCGCGAAAACUAAAAAACAAUAUUACCGUUAUGCCACGCAUUCUUUGUGUGACGGAAGUCUGCAGCAAAGGUCAUACAUUCAACAUAAAACAUUUUUAUAGCAUUUUUUUUUACAAAACAAAAAAAAAAAAAAAAGAAAAAGAAAACAAUAAUAAUAAUAACAA